UACCCUCGCGCCCAGCAAAACUUGUUCUAGGAUUCAUCAACAGUGGCAUCAAGGCUUGCUUAGCUCAUUGAUAUUUAACAUGUUAAUCAGAAACACGCAUAGAUAAAGUGAUUUACUGGUGUUUAGCUAGUUUAUUGUUGAUAAGGCAGCCUUAUUAACGUGUUGAAACAGUAUAACUUUAGUUUGAGGUUAGUACACUGUAAGUUGUAUAUUUCCAUUGUUAUCAUGGUGCGAGACUCGUCAGUAAAUUUUAGUCUUCUCCAUAGGACAUGCACACUGGUUGUGCUCCUAUGUUUUCUUCAUAUCUCUGUUACUUUAGUUUAUUACGUUAGAACCUUAGAUUUUCGGCAAACAUUUGUACAAAAUCAGCAAGACCGAAGCAAAUUCAAGGCGAAAAGAUUAGACACCGAUGUAACAAAGUCUGAUUUGAUUGUUUCGAAUGAAACUUUGAACACCAAAGUCCUUGACAAAUGUCCUGAAACGUCGCCGCUUUUAGUGGGUCCAUUAAGAGUUGAGUUCUCCUCGCCGGUCACUCUGGAUCUGGUAAGGAGAGAGAAUCCCGCCAUCCAAAUGGGAGGACGCUUUAAACCCAAAGACUGCAUCGCUCUCCAGAAAGUCGCCAUCAUUAUCCCCUUUCGCAACCGAGACGAACAUCUCAAGUUCUGGCUUUACUACCUCCACCCUAUCCUGCAGCGUCAGCAGCUGGACUAUGGCGUCUACAUUAUCAACCAGGAUGGCGAAGAUACUUUUAAUCGUGCCAAACUUCUCAACAUUGGUUACAUGGAGGCCCUGAAGGAGUAUGACUACGAGUGUUUUGUCUUCAGUGAUGUCGAUCUCAUUCCCAUGGAUGACCGCAACAUUUACAAAUGUUUCAGUCAGCCUAGGCACCUGUCUGUGUCCAUGGACAAGUUUGGCUUCAGGUUACCGUACAACCAGUACUUCGGUGGGGUGUCAUCCAUGAGCAAGUCCCAGUUCCUCAAGAUUAACGGCUUCCCAAACAACUACUGGGGCUGGGGAGGAGAGGACGAUGACAUCUAUAACAGGCUGAGUUCCAAAGGGAUGUCCAUAUCGAGGCCCAGCGGAGCAAUUGGGAAAUGCAGAAUGAUUCGUCACGAGAGGGACAAACAAAACGACCCCAAUCCUCAGAGGUUUGACAGAAUCGCUCACACCAGAGAGACCAUGCAUAAAGAUGGCAUCAACUCACUGUCCUAUAAAGUGAUCAAAGUGGAGAAAGAUCAGCUUUUCACCAAAAUUACAGUGGAUGUAGGCAAAGCUCCAAAAUAGCCACUACAUUGAAAACUGUUGAGACUCUAUGUGCAAUCUACACUAGUGGAUGCAGUUACCAAAUGUGCCUUGACACAAAAAGUCAGAAGUGCCUUCAAUUUUUUUUUUUUUUUUUUUGGACCACAGUUAGUGACUUUUAAGUGACUUCUUAUUUUUGUAUUUAAAAAAAAAAGUUUCAAAUGAAAUAUUCCUUUUUCUAGCCAUCUUUGCACAAGUAAUGGUAAAAUAGAAAGGAUGGGGCAUCCUUCUCUAUGCUGCAGCAUGCGUGCUGAGAAGAACACACUCAUGUUUGGAUCAGUAAGGUCUUGCCUUGUGUCCCCUCUGACUCUUUGACCUCAGCCUGGCUUAAAUAAGCCCUACCAUUACUGCACUAAGGACAGCUGCUGAGAAAACUGUCAAAAAUCUUGAAAAAUCUUUGAGCCAUUUGUCUAAAGUAGUUAAAUAAAAUUUCUAAUUGUUUGUGCUCAGUUGUUUUUGUGGGACAUGCAAAAGGAAUGUGAGUAACAGUCUGAUUUAAUGUCUUUCUCUUCAUCGUCAUUUUCUGGGUAUAGUUUGC